UGAAUGCGGUUAGUCAUGACUUAAGUGUUGCAUUUUACUUAUAUAAUACGCGGUAUCUAAACAUAUUAUAUGUUCAUUUCCUUCUAACUCAAUCGCUCUCAGACAUCUUCCAAUUUAUGCAAAAUUUAUUCAGUUCAAAACAUUAUUAAUAUUGUAAAAUAUUUUAAUAAAAUGAACGCAAAAAUUGUCGUAGUCAUUUUGUUAGGUUUCUGUUUAGCAACGAAAUUUUUUGAAGCAGCUAGUAUUACUUUGCAAAAUAAAUACAAGUUUUUGACUAAUGAAGAUAAACUAUAUUGUAUAAAAGAAAUGAAAAAUCAACCAGAAUAUACAUCUGGUUUCAUAAUAGAAAAGAUUAUAAAAAAUUAUACUCAAAGGGUUAAUCUCAACAAACUAGAUGAGAGAAUGUAUCAUGAUCUGCUCUACAAUAAAAAUAAGAAGUAUUGUACUGACGAUUUGUAUAUGUACUUAGAUCGUCAAUUAUCAUACCAGAAAAAUGUCAAAAAACCAAAUAGAGGAUGUAAUAGAAUAGGUAAUUUUGAUAGAUAAAAUAUUAAGCAUUUCAUAAUUAUACUAAAUAUAUAAUUUGUAUUUAAAAUUUAUAAAUUAAAUUAACAAUUGUUAAAUGAAUUUUAAUGUAGAAGAAUACAAAU